CUGCCAAUGUCAACAUGAUAUAAAGUAAACUUUGUUUUGUUUUGAUUUUUGCGGUUUUUGCCGGGAUUUUAAACUAAAUAGAUUUUAUUUAAUAACUAGGAAUAAUGUUGAUACAAGUGGAAAAUAAUCUGAAAGAUGCUGAAAACGAGCAGAUAUUCGAGCAGCGUGCCCACUUCUUACCUUGUAAAGUCGAAGCAGAUGGACCGGCUAAUGUGCAAAAAUAUUUUGAACCAUACGUGCAGGAAACGGAGAAUAGAGAACUAACAGCAACAUUCAGAGGCCGGCUUCUCAACGGCAAGAAGUUAGAGCUGCCUCAGGGUUAUGAAGCCGUUGUGGUCACUGAAGCCAAGAGGCCCCUUGCAGAGGAUGCCGACAGAAGAUUUCAGAUAGCAGGUGGUUUUAAAGAGGUUGUAUACUGGAAUUGGGAUAAGCAACCUUCCAAGAAUGACAACCUUGUGAAGGCAUUGGACUGGGUGGACAUUGCUGAAGCGCUGCAUGGUGAUGAUUAAACCUAAAGCUUCGGUAAUUCCAGCUACUGAUCUGCACACGGUAACCGCUUUACGUCAAAAAUGCCAUUAAAUCGGUCAGUCAGUCAUGUGUGGCCACGUUACCAUUCAAAAUUACCUACUCGGCAUAGCACGCUUAUAUUUUUUUAUUCUAGUUCAAUUCAAAUUUAGAUUUUUUUUUAUUAUUGUGGGACAUUUCAACAUUACUUAAUAAUUGUAUCAUGACGUCAGCCAAUAUUGGUUGACGUCAAAUAAAUUACUUAAAACUAAGUUUACUGCCGCUUCCUAAGCGUCAGUGCAGAAGAAGCGGUAACAAACUGCACUGUAGCAUUUUCUUAUUUACACUUUAUAAGUUUCUGUCUAGAUGUAAUAUAUCUUGCUGGAUAAUCAUGAAAUCAAUGGAAACUGUUAAAAUAAGACAAUAGUUGUUAUAUUAUGACUAAGAGGAAUAAAUUGUAUUUCUUUUUCGUCGAAUUAUACAUAUAUUUUUUGCAAGUA